AUGAGUGACAACAAAAAUGAUGUAAAGAAGCUCAUUAAUAAGGAGCAAAAAAAAAAAAGGAGGAUAGAAAAGGAAAAAAUUGAAAGCGAACGAAAUGGCCAAGAAGAAAAUAAUGACCACACUAAGAAUAUUUAUGACAAUUUACCUGAUCAGUCAGAAAAAAAAAGUAGGGAUAGUCAGGAAGAAAAGAAUGAUCAUGUUAAGAAUAUUUGUGACAAUUUACCUGACCAGUCAGAAAAAAAAAGUGGAGAUGGUCAGGAAAAAGAGGGAAAGCUAAAAAAUGAGAAUAAUAAAAAUAAAGAAACUGAUAGUAGUAUUGUAAAUGAAAAUGAAAAAAAAAUAAAGAAGAUAAAUGAAGAAAUUAAAGAAUUUAUACCAAAAAGAAUACCAAAUAUUAGUAGAGAUUUAAGUGUGGAUGUUUCAGUAGCAAUACCAGCAACAAUUAUAAACAAUAAAAAUGAUGUUAUAAAAUCGUAUAUAUCAAGCUAUUUAGCUAGAAUAUUCACAAUUUUUUCAAUUUCUAAAAUAUAUAUAUAUGAUGAUGGAUUUGAAUUAAAUCGUAAUGAACGAAAUGAAAUCAAAAAUAGCAUUUCACAGAAAACAAACAAAGAUCAUCCUUCUUGUUCAAGUACAGAAAAAAAUGAGAAUAAUAAAAAAUAUGAAUACUCUUAUUUAUGCAAAUAUCUACAUUUUAAUCUACAAUAUUUAGAAACGCCACAAUAUUUACGAAAACAUAUAUUUCCUAUUACAAAUUUUUUAAAACAUUCUGGGCUUAUGAGCCCAGUAGAUGCACCUCAUCAUUUAAGAAGUGAUGAAUGGCUUCCAUUUAGGGAAGGAGUUGUUAUAAAAAAAAAUUCAAAUAAUAUAAUUGUUGAUGUUGGUUUAUUUUCAAAUGUUUUGGUAGAAAAUAUUUAUAAUAUAAAUGUUGGAACUAGGGUUACUAUUUUAUUUAAUUCAGAUGGUUUUAACAAUUUUAAAAAUAAAAACACAAAAAAUUUAUUUAUAGGAAAAGUUAUACAUCCAUCAAUGCCAAAAUUGUAUAAUAUUUAUUGGGGAUAUACUAUACAAAUUUUAAAAAAUAUCACAGAUGUGUUUGAUAUACAAGUAGAUUGUAUUAUUGGUACAUCUGAGAGAGGUGAUCCUAUUCAGGAUCUUAAAACUCAAAUUAAAAAUGCUAAAUCUAUCCUAAUAGUGUUUGGAAAUCGAGAUGGAGUAGAAGAUUUGUUUAUCAAAGAACGAGAAAUAAAAAAAAACAAAAUGUAUACUGGAAAAAAACGAAUAAAAGUUUUGAAUAAAAUAUUAAAAAAAUUUGACUAUUUCAUAAAUACAUGUCCAAAACAAACUUCAAGAACAAUAAGAACUGAAGAAGCAAUAAGUAUAACAUUGUCUCUAUUUCAAAGCAUUCUUAAUUAA